AUGGCUUCCAAAAAGAAAGCAAGCAAGGGGGUCAAGGAGCCCGAGGUCAAGAAGAAGAGAGGGGGCAAGAAGGAUCCCAGUGUGGCCACCAAGUCCAUGGAAAUGUCUCUAGUUGAGGAGAUGCGGGAGUUCUACCACAUCCAGAUCCGAGACCUGGAGGACAGGCUGGCCCGGUACCAGAGGAAGUGGGAUGAGCUGGCCGUCCAGGAGAAGCUCUUCCGCCAGGAGUUUGAGCAGCUGGCUAACAGCAAGAAAGAGAUCGUGUCCUUCCUCAAACGCACGCUCAACCAGCGGGUGGAUGAGAUCACAGACCUCAACGAGCAGCUCCAAAGCCUGCAGUUGGCCAAGGAAAUGGAGAAGGAUGCCUUUGAGGCACAGCUAGCUCAGGUGCGCCACGAGUUCCAGGAGACCAAGGACCAACUCACCACGGAGAACAUCGUCCUUGGGGGCAAGCUGGCAGCCCUGGAGGAGUUCCGGCUACAGAAAGAGGAGCUGACAGACAAGUUCAUGUCACUAGAGGACCAGCUGCAGAAGCAGAAGAGUGACUACAAGGACUAUGUGUACAGCCUGGAGAAGAAGUCGGUGCUGGACAAGGACAGACUGAGGAAAGAGAUCAUCCAGCGCGUGAACCUGGUGGCCACGGAGUUCCGCAACGUGGCCAGCAACCAGAUGUGGGAGACGACAAGGCGGGCCAUCCUGGAGAACAGCAGUGUGACCCUGCAGAUGGCCAAGUUGUCCCAGCAGGGCAUGCAGCUGCUGCAGGAGAACAAGCAGCUCAAGGGCAGCCAGGAUGAGCUGUGCAAACAGCUGCAGCUACUGGAGAACACCGAGAAGGUCAUGGCCAGGAACAGCAGAGGCCACCAGAAGAUCAUCCUCAUGCUGAUCAAGAAGUGCCACGAGCAGCAGCAGGGCAGGGAGGAGGCCAAGCAGCUGCGCCUCCUGCUGAGCAACCUGGAGCAGAGUCUUCUGCAGCUGCAGACCGACAGCCAGGCUCUGAGGAGUCAGAGAGACCAGCUGAACCUGGAGCUGGAGCAGCAGCAGGUGGAGGUGCGGCGGCUACAGCAGGAGCUGAUCCAAGAGCAGAAGGUUCGGGCCAGCCUGGAGACAGCCCUGGCACAGGCCACCUCCUCCCUACGGGACAUCCUGCAGAUGCAAGCAGAGGACGAGGAGGGUGACUUCGACGUGGUGUUCCAGCUGCAGCGCAAGGAGAUGCUGCAGCAACUGCUGGUCCUGCUCAGCUCUGCUGUAGUCCUGAGACCCCCUGUGACUGUGUGUCCCCGCCGGAAAGUCCAGCCCACUGGCUCACUCAAGGAGAGCCAGCCCAGCUUCCAGCUGCCCAAGAUGGGGCCUCUGCUGCAGCAGUUGGCUGGCAUCAAAACCUACCAGCUGGGGGAUCUAGGCCUGGUGCCUCGCCGGGCCCACAUCCCACCCAACCCCCAGGACCUCAGGCUGCUUUCAUAUGCCACCCGCAUGGGGAACUUCCGGGCGCACAGCAGCCCUGAGAUCCACUCCACCGCUUCUCUCAAAAGGCUCAAAAAGUUUAGUCUUCCUGAACCUUUCCCACUUCCCAAGUAG